AUGUGCGAUCUACCCUUCUUCCCCAUCUUCCCCAUCUGCUUCCAAUGCGGCACCGAUCAGAAUCCGUGCCAUUGUAAGGUCGUCGGGCCGACACUGGGUGAUCUGUUGGCCGGCAUCGAUUUUCUGUGGCUGUGGAUGUACGCAGACUGGUCGAGAGUGAGGCUAACGUGGAACAGUGUGCUAGGAUACCCGGUUAAAUUGAACGGUCAAGUCAGUAACGCCAUACCGUUCUGA